AGCCAGAGGAGGAGGAGGAACACGUGAUUCGCGCUAAUUGAGAGCAAGAUGGCGGUAGCGGUGCGGAGUUUGCAAGACCAGUUGGAAAAAGCCAAGGAAAGCUUGAAAAAUGUGGACGAUAAUAUUCGCAAAUUGACUGGACGUGACCCAAAUGAAUCAAGACCGGGCCAGAUGCGCCGGCUUGGCGGCCCCAUGGCAGGCAUUGGUGGAGGUAGAGGCAGAGGAAUCAACCUGCUCAGGCGUAGUCUCUCAGACAUGGGAAGUGGCGGCCCUCCUGCUAAGCAGAGGGACAUUGAAGGAGCCUUGCUAAGGCUGGCAGGGGACCAGAGGGCCAGGAGAGACUCGCGCCACGACAGCGACGCUGAGGAUGAUGACGAUGUCAAAAAGCCGGCGUUGCAGUCGUCUGUAGUAGCUACCUCCAAGGAGAGAACACGCCGAGACCUCAUUCAAGAUCAGACUAUGGAUGAGAAAGGAAAACAGAGGAAUCGGCGUAUGUUUGGCCUGCUGAUGGGGACGCUGCAAAAAUUCAAACAGGAAUCCAAUGUUUCCUCAGAGAAGCAAAAGCGGCGUUCAGAGAUUGAGCAGAAGCUCGAGGUUCAGGCUGAGGCAGAGAAAAAAAAAGUGGAGAAUGAAAAGAGGGAGUUGUUUGAAGAAAGAAGAGCCAAACAGACGGAGCUCAGGCUCCUGGAACAGAAAGUGGAAUUGGCUCAGCUGCAAGAGGAGUGGACCAGUCAUAAUAAUAUACUGGUAAAAUAUAUUCGCACCAAGACCAAACCUAACAUCUUCUAUGUGCCUGGAAAAAUGUGCUCCGCCACACAGAAACUCCAUGAUGAAUCCACCAAGAAACUAAAUGCUGUGUUUGAAGAGAGGCGUGAGGCUUUUGCUGAGCAGCUCAGCAAAAUGGAGUCCCGCCCCCGGCGACAGCCAAACCGUGACCAGGACAGCAACACACCGGCUACAGGGAAGGACCACCCGGCGGAGGGUAAGCCAGCAGGUCAGGUAGUGAAGGUGACAGGUACCAGGGGGGUUACAGAGAUGGAGGAAGAUGAGGAUGAAGAGGAGGAGGAGGAGGAGAGGGAAAAGGCAGAGUAUAGAAAGACUACUGAUGAGGACAAGGGGGAGGAAGAGGAAAUGGAAGGGUUGAAGAAGAUAGUGGAGGAAGAGGAGCAAAUGGAGGUAGGUGAGGAGAAGGAAAGAGAGGAGGUUGGUAUGCUCAAAGAGGAGCAGAGAGGAGACAGAGACAAGGAAGCAAGUCCAGGGUCAGAAGAGAUGGAGGUAGAGGCAGAGCACGAAGAUAGAAGCAAGGAAGAGAUGGUAGAAACAGAUAUUAAAGAAGAUCCCACAGACCUGCAAAAUAAAAGGAUGCAAGACGCACCAUGCUCAGAGCCAACUGUAAUCAGCCAGGAAGUACCCAUCACCCAUCAACAGCAGCCAUGCAGUCCAACUGCAACUGGGGAAAAUCAGUCCCCUGAGGCCCAGACAGCUUCUCCUCAUGCUGAACCCCAAACGGCUUCCACCAUGGCUGGGCAGGAUAUCCUUAUUCCUUGCCUUGAUGCUGAGGGUGUGGCGCAGGAGAAUCAGGCUGCAGAAGAGAAAUCGGGGGACACCACUCUUCAAAAAGGGUCUGAUUCCCAGGAGGCCCCUAGCUCGACUGCUGCAACCUCAAAGGGUGAAGAGGACGGUGCUAGAGGGAGGAAGAAGGAAAAGGAGCAUCGAAAGGGCCGCAGUAAUAGCAACAGCUCUUCCUCCUCCUCCUCUGGCUCCUCCUCUAGUGGAAGUUCCUCCUCUUCUUCUGGAUCCAGCCAUUCCUCUUCGUCUUCAUCGUCCUCUUCAUCCUCGUCAUCCAGCAGCCGAAGUCGCAGCCGAGACAGCGGUAAGCACAAGAAGCGGCCAUCGGGCAGGGACAGAAAGGAAGAAGAGCGAAGCCACCACAAAAGAGGAGGGAGUAGCGGAGGUGGGAGGGACUUGAAGGGAUCGAAGGAAAGGAGGAAGAGGAGGAGUGAGGAAGGGAGGGGCAGAUCAUCCCGGAGUGAUAGAGAGCAUAAAGAUAGAGACAGGAAAGACAAGAGACGCUGAUCUGGGUCUGACAGAGCCUCUGCUCAGCUAAUGUUGGCAAACUGAGGAGAUACUAUUUGCUUAAUGGCCUAAAAACGCAUUUUCAAAGUGGUAUUAAAUUCCACCUAGCUCAGUGGAAUUGACAAUGUGAGGAAUUUAACUGAAUUUACAGUAAUUUUACCUGGGCCAAAACUGUAAACGGGACUUCAUGUUCAGUGUGAGAGAAAGGGUGUCUUCUCUGUAGGGCCCAUCGCCAGAAAUGCGUCAUUUUUAAUCGAUCCGGUUUUUAAAAGGUUUUUGUGGCACUAUGAUAUUUUUUCUUUUUCAUCCCCAUCUUACUUGUUAUGCUGUAGGCUGGGGUAGUAAUGAUUAUUAAAGUGACUUAGUGUACAGUACCUGUGUUUUCAAAUUUGUGUCAACUAUUUCAUCAAUGUGUGAAGGCCUUGUUUUUCCACAUUAGUAUAUGUCAUCUGUUUAAAACAUUGGGGUUCCAUAUUUUUGUAUCAAUUGAUAAUUUGCUUCAAAUUAAACACAAGGUAUUGGCA